AUGCAGAGAAAAAUUCGUACUAGAAGCACACCAUCACUUGAACCUCUUCUAUUAGAUCCUGAAGUUGAAAAGACAGCAAGAAGAAACAAUAGCCAAAGAAGGAGGGAAAACAGAACUUCGAGAGACAUUUCUCCCGCACCUGUAAUCUCUGAGCAACCAAACUCUUCCACAGCUCUUCAGGAAAUGGGGGAUAUGGGUGACGAUAUGAAUGGCAGUGGUGAUAGACAAGCAAGGCGCACCUUGGAAGACUACUCUACUUUUGCAGAACCGCUCCACUUUAAUAGUAUUGCUCGACCACGGGUAAAUGCUGUGAACAUGGAAAUGAAGCCUGCUCUCAUCCAUCUGGUGCAAAGUAAUCAAUUCAAUGGCCUAUCACACGAGAAUCCUUAUAAUCAUUUGGCAACUUUCUUGGAAAUUUGCAACACUGUAAAGAUCCAUCAAGUGCCAGAUGAGGCAAUAAGGCUCAGUUUAUUUCCAUUCUCCUUGGGAGGUAAUGCGAAGAUGUGGCUGAAUUCUUUCCCUGAAAAUAGCUUCACUACGUGGGAAGAUGUUGUGGCAAAAUUCCUCAACAAAUUCUUUCCACAGUCCAAGGUUAACAAAGGGAAACAGGAGAUUUCAUCUUUUCAGCAGGAUGUCAAUGAGACUCUGAGUCAAGCCUGGGACAGAUUCAAAGGGCUACUGAGAAAGACACCCACUCAUGGGUUUGAUGAGCCUACUGUUCUCAACAUGUUUUUGGGAGGAUUAAGAUCCCAAACCAAAUUGAUGUUAGAUGCCUCAGCUGGAGGAAAUAUCCGUUGGAAGACACCAGAAGAAGCCCAUGAGCUAAUAGAAAACAUGGCUGCAAAUGACAGUGAAUUGCAGAAUGAAAGGGCUCAGCAAAAAGGCGUGUUUCAACUACAAUCUCAGGAUGCUCUACUAGCCCAAAACAAGAUAAUGACCCAACAGCUUGAAGCACUCAUGAACAAACUCUCUCAAUUGCCAAAAGAACUCCAGAAUGUUUCACAAGCCCAACAUCAAGGGUGUGAAUUGUGUGGUGGAGAACAUGCUAAUGGUCAUUGUGCUAUGCAGGUCAAUACCCAAGAAGACGUGAACUAUAUGGGUAAUCAAAACCGUAACAAUCACUUUAAUCAAGGAUGGAGACCGCACCCAAGCAUGGGCCAAGGACAAGAUGGACCUUCAAACAGACCACCUCAACAACAAUACCAACCACACCCCUCUUUAUCAGACAGGACCUCUAAAUUGGAGGACACUCUUCAACAAUUCAUGCAAGUAUCCAUCUCCAAUCACAAAAGCACGGAAGCAUCCAUAAGGAAUUUGGAGAUACAAGUUGGCCAACUGGCCAAGAAGCUAGAAGAAAAACCUGAUAAGAUUUUGGAGCUAAUACUGAAACCAACCCAAAGGAGGAGUGCAAGGCAAUCACUACAAGAAGUGGUAAGUUGUUAG